AAAAAACAAUUGCAUUUUGCCAAGGAGCAUAAGAAGAUGGACAAGGAAAAUAAAGGUCAUGUAUUGGCGGUUCCAUAUCCAAGCCAAGGUCAUAUAAGCCCUCUGCUACAGCUCUGCAAGCGCUUCGCUUCUAAAGGCAUAAAAGCCACUUUGGCCACCACCAUCUUCAUCUCCACAACCUCUCCUUACCUCUCCUCUGCCGUCCAGAUCGACACCAUAUCCGACGGCUACGACGACGGCGGCUUCUCUCAAGCCGACACCAUCUCCUCAUACCUAAAACGGCUCGAAUCCGUCGGCUCUGAGACCCUCAGCCAGCUCAUAACCAAACACAAUAACACCAGAAACCCUAUCACCUGCGUAGUUUACGACCCUUUUCUUCCUUGGGCUCUGGAGGUCGCCAAGCGUUUUGGGUUAGUUGCCGCUGCGUUUUUCACUCAAUCCUGCGCAGUUAACUACAUUUACUGUCUGCUUCAUCAUGGCAAACUGAAUCUGUCUGUGUCGUCGUCUUCUUCUGAUUCAACACCCGUCUCCAUUGAUGGACUGCCGGAGCUUGAGCUCCAGGACAUGCCUUCCUUCAUUUGGGUUUCUGGGUCUUAUCCGGCUUACUUCGAGUUGGUGUUGAAUCAAUUCUCUAAUGCCCACAAAGCUGACUGUAUACUUGUCAAUAGCUUCUAUGACUUAGAAAAAGAGGAGGUGAACUUGCUAUCCAAAAUUUAUCCAGUAGUUCUGACAACCGGCCCAACAAUCCCGUCAAUCUACUUAGACAAAAGACUCGAAAGCGACACAGACUACAGCCUCCACCUCUUCAAACCAGAUGCCGCCACGUGCAGCCACUGGCUCACCACCAAACCGCCGGGAUCCGUCGUCUACGUCUCCUUCGGCAGCAUGGCGAAUCUCAGCGCCACCCAAACGGAAGAGCUCGCAUGGGGCUUAACUCAAACCAACUUCCACUUCCUCUGGGUGACCAGGGCAACCGAGCAAGCCAAGCUCCCCGCCAACUUCAUGGAAAAAAGCCCCAAGGGUCUGAUAGUGGAAUGGAGUCCUCAACCUGAAGUUCUGUCAAAUGAAGCUGUUGGUUGUUUUUUGACGCAUUGUGGGUGGAACUCGACGUUGGAGGGACUGAGCUUGGGGGUGCCGAUGGUGGCGAUGCCGCAGUGGACGGACCAGCCGACGAACGGGAAGUACGUGGAGAGUGUUUGGAAGGUGGGAAUGAGGGUGAAAGUCGAGGGAGAAGAUGGUAUUGUGAAAAGAGAUGAAGUUGAAAGGUGUCUGAGAGAAGUAAUGGAGGGAGAGAGAGGGAGAGAGAUGGAGAAGAAAGCGAAGAAGAUACGGGAGUUGGCUGUAAAGGCGGUUUCUGAAGGUGGUACUUCUGAUGACAACAUUAAUUUAUUUCUGUCCAAAUUGGCAAGCUAAGUAGAUAAGUUCAAAUGUAUCAUUAGCUAUAUAUAUAUACACAUAUUAUAUUAUAAAAUAAUAACUUUACAAUCCGCCUUCAAGAAGGAUUUGAUUCCACGUUGUUACAUCUCUCUAGGAAAUAAUUUAUUU